AAGACUGUCUUCUGUGCUUACUAGUUGCAUGCCCUUGGGCAAAGUUAUUUUACUUCUCUAGAUGCUUCAGUAUUCUUCUGUAAAAUGGAGAUUAUAAAGCUACUUAACCUUGUGGAUUGUUAUGAGAAUUAUAUGAGAAAACUUAUGAAAAGCUCUUAUAAUAGUGCCUGGUGCAUACUAAGUGAAUUAUUGAUAUAGUAGUAUCUAGUUUAAAUGUUCAAAGUACACAAUAAAAUGUUUUUCUUCUUUAGCCUCCACGACCACCCAGUAAAGAAGGAAGUAUUAUUAGCAAUAUUUUACAUGGCAGGUCAUACACAGUGUCAAUGUGUCAAUAUGUAACUUUGUUACUGGUAACAGAGUUGGGAUUAUAAUCUAAAUCUCUAAUUCAUUAUAUGAAUUGGGUCUUUAUGAAGUGACCCUGAUUUGGUGAUGUAGAAGGGAAGGGCAUAAAUUCCUAUUCCUUAAAUCUGGCCCAGUGGUGAGCCAGUUCAUGCUUUCUAAAAUUAUUUAUGUAAUGGAUACCAAUAAUUCUCGCUUUUCACAGUCCCAAUAUGCACAAUUUUCAAUUAUUAUGGUUGAUUAAAUAACAUCAAUCCUCCAAGAGCUCCAUUCAAAUGUCAGUUGUUAUGUUAUAUUCACCAUAAGUAAUUGUGUGAAGGACAGCCUAGCACAUGCUGUUAUUUGGUUCAUCCACAGACAGCAAAGCAUGUAGCCAUGUUGCCUCCUCUUCUCCUGGAGAUAAUCCCACACAACAUUUUAUAAAAUGGAUAAUUCAAAGAGGGAAUUGGCCUUCAAAGAUCAAAGUGCAGCAAAGAAGGAAAAGGUGACAACCCUGGAAGUGAAAUUUAAAUCAGUUAUAAAGAAGGUUCUAGAAAAAUAGCACCAUGGAAGUGUCAACACUGUCACUAUUGUAGAGGGUCUACAUACUCUACAGAUAGUGGAACUUAGUGAAAAAUAAUUUAUCAUAAAUUAGGGAAGUGGGGCAAAAAGGAUGAAGACCUAGUGGAAGAAUGUACAUUGGCAAAAAACAUCCUAUUAAAGGAAUUCCUCAGAGAUACUUCACAACAGUGAAAACACAAAGGAUAACAUGUUGGAAGCAAUUCACACUUGGAAAGCAGAAUCCCACUUCACCAAGGCAUACAGAAGAUAUUCACUUGGUGUUUUAAAUUAAAUAGAAGAAAGCAGAACUGUUCAAAUUACUCUUGAUCUGUUUUUUAUAAAGAAAUAAAACACUUUAAUUCUCAAAGUUUCUCAUGUUUUCAAUUACAGUGAACCAAAUAAAUGUUUUACUUUCUUUUCAUUUUCCUAUACAUGUAUAACUGAUAAUAUAAGAAUUUUUAAUGUUUUGACAAAAAAAUGUUGGAGGUCAUGGAAAAAUAAUAAUUUUCCCAUUGAUUAAGAUCACUUUGCCUGGUUUCAGCUUGCAUGGUCAUUUUUAUGGUCGUGCAUAUUAUGGUGCAAAGCAAGAGCUGCCUGUUUUUAUUGAGUCAAGGGGGGGGCAGUCUUGUUAGUGGUGGGCAUAUAAUGAUACAGUGAUGCCUUAUGCAACAUUUAUUCCAACAUAGAUUUGAGUGUCUGCCAUGUGCCAGGCUGCAUACACACAUGUCAAUAAAAAGCUCUUUUUCUCAAAGAAUUCACAUUUCAGUUGAUUAACGAAAGACAAGAUCAUUAUACCACAGCAUAUGCCUAUAUUAUAUAUUUUAUGUUUCUUUGAAUACAGUGAUAGGGAAAUACCAGGCAUUAGAGGAGUGGAGAGGAAAGACAUCUAACUUACUUGCCUAGGAAUAUGAGGGGUGGGAAAGACAAGGAGACAACCUGGAGGACUUAAGAGUUAAUUUGGAAAAGCUGUAUUAAAGACUGAGACAGUGGCGAGGAACUUCUGUGUGGAGGACAUUUUAAAAAGUUGAUUGUUUCUGGAAUGUGAAGAGCAAGGUAGGGGACAAAUCAGCAUUGCCAUGGAAACUGGGGGCAAUGGGAGAGUCCUUGGGGUUUUCCCCAACUUCUUUUAAAUUGAAGUUUAAUUGAUACGCAGUAAAACUGACCCAUUUUAAUAUAUAGUUGGGUGUGUUUGACCUAAGUCCUGUAACCACCACCACAGUCAUGGUGAAGAGCAUUUACGUUACCCCCUUAAAUCCUCGGUGCCCCUGAGUGGCUAACUCCUUCUCCCACCUGCAACCCCUGGAAACCACUGCCCUGUUUUCUGCCCCUAUAGUUUUGUCUUCUCUAGCAUGUUGUAUCAGUGUAAUCAUGCAGUAUGUAAUCUUUUAAGUCUGACUUCUUUCACUCAGUGUGAUGCUUGGGAUAUUCAUCCAUGUUGUUAGCAUGUAAAAGCCUUUGGUUUUUUUCCCUUUCUUUUAGUCGAAGUAUCAUUGAUACUCAGUCUUACAUUGGCUUCAGUUAUACAGUCGUUCAGUAGUUAGCCAUAUUAUUAAAUCCUUAACUCCACUAGUGCAGUUACUAUCUGCCAACAUAGGAAGAUAUUACAAAUUCAUUGGCUAUGUUCUCCAUCCCUGUGACCAACUUACAUUAUGAUGGAGAAUUUUUGUGAUCCUUUAUCCCCUCACCCUUCCCACCCACCCACCCCAGUCUCUCCCUCAUGGUAACCACCAGUCACUUCUCAGUGUCUGAGUCUACUGCUGUUUUGUUCUGUUAUGAUUUUAGAUUCCACAAAUAAGUGAAAUCAUAUGGUAUUUGAGUUUCUCCACCUGAGCCUUUGGGUUUUAAGCAGGAGAAUUAUCUUGAUUGGAGGAAGGAUUUGAGAGGAGCAAGACUAGAGGAUUUUACUGUAAUUUAGGCAGGUGCUAAUGGAGGAAAUUGUAAAGGAGAGGCUUGAACUGAGAAGUGUGUAGGAGGUGCAGUUGCUCUCGACUGCAGUAGGGAGUACUGGAGUAACAGUAGGUGGGGAAGAAGAGACCCUGUAUGUUGGAUGUGUUUCAGGGAAGGAGUGUGGAAUUUUCUUGAGGUGAUGCCCAGGAGGUGGGCAUGUGAAGGAGCUGCAUCCUCUCCUUCCUUAUCCUCUCAUUUUUGCCAGAAUUAAAUUUUCUAGGCAAGACCUUGCUUAACUAAAAGGCUUCUUUUUCUCUUCAUUCUAUAAUAUCAUCACCAAGAAUUUGUUUCCAAAGCCUUGGUUUGGACUAUUGCAUUAUUGUGGAAUAAAUCUGCCAUUUUUUAGAAGACUGUCCUCUGCUUACAGCAUCAGUUAACUCACUUCAUCUGCAUUUACCUAUUGUUUUCCAAAAAAACAAUAUGAAUGUCUCUAGACAGGCUAUGGUGCGUGGAGCUGGAAGUCAGAGUCCAGUAGUCAUGAACUGGCAACAAGUCAGGGAUUCUCUUUUGUGAAGAUUCUUUCCACAGGAGGAAUUCUCUUCCCCUGUAUUUUAGGGGGGUAGUAUCAUUUGAACCAGUUUGAACCAUAUGGGCUGGAAGUAGUGGUGAAGGAACAUGAUAUUAUCUAUGUUUAAGAAAUGGCUGACUCACUUUCUGUGCAAACUCUGCUUUAGUGAGGAUUCUGAGUCUACAUCCAGGCUAGUGGGAGAAUUCUGUGCUUGAUUAAUAAUAGAAUACCUUCCUCUGGCCUAUGAAAGAAAGCACCCUGAGAAAUGGUGGUGGGCAAAGUAUUUACCCCACUGAUGAAGAACUUUUCAGAAAGGUGAUUCACCACACAAAUGCCUGUACUGAAAAGGUAUUGGAUACAGAAUUCACUCACAGCCAUAGUUAGAACUAACACAGCAUUUUACAGUCAGGUCAGUUCCAUGAGGUAGAGUAUUUUCCUCUCCUCUUACAUAUGGGGAAGCUGAGAUACAGAGAGGUCAAGUUAACUUUCCUAGAGUCAGACAGCUAGUUUUAGCAGAGCUGGAAUGCAAACCCAGGCUGUCUGGAUCCAGAGUCCAUCCUCUUCCAUGUGCGCCAUGCUGUCUAGAGUUCUGGAAUACUAGCAUGGGAAGGACUCGGGAAUUAUUUCCCACUUCUCAUUUUAUAGUUCAGUGCAAUGAUGUCCAGAGAGGGCUCUGAGAUGACUCACUCAGGAACACAGAGGAUGGUGGAGGCAGCCGAGCUCCCCCCGCCCAGGGCUCUUGCCACUCUUGAAAAUUUUGUACCUUUGUCUUGAUAGGUUGUCACUUUUAUAUAGUGAAUAAAAGUGUUGCUGAAGUACGGAGACUGGCAAAUUUGGUGUUUAAUACCAUGUUUUUCCUUGGCCUUAGCUCUCUUUUGCCCUGGAAUUUACUAGUUGGCUUUCUUCCUGUCCCUUCCGUCACUUUAUUAUUCCCAGUGGAGCCUGAAAUCACUGAUAACUGUUCUCUAGCCUGUCCUGUUUGACCAUUGACUGUCUGAUCUUUUGCAUUUUCUAGUGUGUCGCAGUAGCAGUUGGGGAGGGGAGCAGUUGCCCAACCAGCUGGUGAGAGUUGAGUUUUGGAAUGGGGGAGGUGAGGACUAUUCUGGGGUUGGGAUAUUACUGUGCAGAUUAAAGACUUUCACUCAGGGGUUCUGACCUUUUUGAUUUUGAGCCUGCUGCCCCACCCACCCACCAAGCUCACACUCCCCACAUUUGGUGGAGGCAUCUUCCCUUUGCUGUUGGGGUUCAGAGCUAGACAGACAGUGCUGAUGAAUUUGCUUGCCCAAGCACUUACUCACAUGAAACCUUGAUUACACAGGGAGUCUGGAACACAAGUAGAGCUCUUGCCUUAACAGUUUACAUGUCAUAUUUGUUGCAGUUUUAUUUUGAGGAGCCACAGUUUGGGGGAUAAGUUAAUUUUCUUUAACAUUUGCUAAUCUCUUUCUUUAAAAAUUCCCUGGUGUAAACUUACUCAAGUAAAGAGACUGAUGUUUCUCUUGUUUCCUCCCUUUCUUUCUUCUUUCCACCUUUUCUCCCUUCCUCCCUUCCUCCCUUGUAUAGUGAGUCUUUGUAUGUAAAAAUUGAACUCCAAUUCUGGUUUCGUCCACUUACACUGCCCAGGAAUGAAGUUGCAUAUUAAUGCAUUACAGCCACCAAUCUCCCCUGGCUUACUCUUUCUCCACAUUCUCUGUGAUUAAAAAUGUCCUUCUUGAUUUCAACUCAGAGUACCUGAAAAGGCUCCUUGUUUAGUUAAGAGAAAAGCAAAUUUCCCCAGGUAAGUUCCCAUAUGUUUUCUGUAAAAACUGGCACACACUUCCCUUGUAUUUUACCCCUGUCAAAUGAGGUCCUUGUAAGAGUAAUCAGCCAGCCUAAGCCACUCAUCUCUUUUUGCCUGCCUUUUCUUGGGUAAUUUUAACUCUUUUGGUGCUGCUCAGGAGAGUUUGCCUCUUCCUGUCACAACAGAAGGGUUGGAUUCCUGAGACUGCCACCUUCCUCUUAGUUUCCUCAGGUGAACAUUGAGCUCCAGGACUGCUCUUCUGAAUAGGGGCAUAUGCACAGAGUCAGAAGAGGCAGAAGUGGAUGUGAGAGAAAGAGAGACACAGAGAGACAGAGAGCCAAAGAGGGCAAGAGACUUGACUUUAAGAGACUCCUGUACUGACAACUCCAUGCAGUUCGGAACCAGAACGACUACGGCUGAACCAGGGUUCAUGGGGACAUGGCAAAACGCUGAUACUAACCUCUUGUUCAGAAUGUCCCAACAGGUUCCAGUGGCAUAUGCUGGCAGAGUGCUGAGUGCAGACUUUUGCCCAAACCUGGAGGAGCCAGACCAGAGGCUGGAAGUCCAGGCUAUCCGUUGCACACUGGUAAACUGCACGUGUGAAUGUUUUCAGCCGGGGAAGAUUAACCUGAGGACGUGCGAUCAGUGUAAACAUGGCUGGGUGGCACAUGCCUUGGAUAAGCUCAGUACACAGCACCUGUACCACCCCACCCAGGUGGAGAUUGUGCAGUCCAAUGUGGUGUUCGACAUCAGCAGCCUGAUGCUCUAUGGGACACAAGCAGUACCCGUGCGGCUAAAGAUCCUGCUGGACCGUCUCUUCAGUGUCCUGAAGCAGGAGGAGGUGCUGCACAUCCUGCAUGGCCUGGGCUGGACUCUGCGGGACUACGUCCGGGGGUACAUCCUGCAGGAUGCUGCCGGCAAGGUGCUGGACCGCUGGGCCAUCAUGUCGCGAGAAGAGGAAAUCAUCACCCUUCAGCAAUUUCUACGGUUUGGAGAAACCAAAUCCAUUGUGGAGCUGAUGGCAAUUCAGGAGAAAGAAGGACAGGCUGUAGCUGUACCAUCUUCAAAGACAGACUCAGACAUAAGGACUUUCAUUGAGAGCAAUAACCGCACCAGGAGUCCCAGCCUCCUUGCUCACCUAGAGAACAGCAACCCUUCUAGCAUUCAUCACUUCGAAAACAUCCCCAACAGCCUUGCAUUUCUGCUUCCAUUCCAGUACAUAAACCCGGUCUCAGCCCCACUGCUAGGAUUGCCUCCGAACGGGCUAUUGUUGGAACAACCUGGACUGAGGCUACGGGAACCAAGCCUUUCAACCCAGAAUGAAUAUAAUGAAAGCAGCGAAUCUGAAGUAUCUCCCACACCUUACAAGAACGAUCAGACGCCCAACAGAAAUGCUCUGACCAGCAUCACUAAUGUGGAGCCCAAAACCGAGCCAGCUUGCAUGUCCCCCAUUCAGAAUUCUGCCCCAGUCAGUGAUUUGACCAAAACCGAACACCCAAAAAGCUCAUUCCGGAUUCACCGGAUGAGAAGAAUGGGGUCAGCCUCUAGGAAAGGAAGAGUGUUCUGUAAUGCAUGCGGGAAGACCUUCUAUGACAAAGGUACUCUCAAAAUUCACUACAAUGCUGUCCACCUGAAGAUCAAGCAUCGGUGCACCAUCGAAGGUUGCAACAUGGUCUUUAGCUCGCUCCGAAGCCGAAACCGCCACAGUGCAAACCCUAACCCUCGCCUUCACAUGCCUAUGCUAAGGAAUAACCGAGACAAGGAUUUAAUUCGGGCCACAUCAGGAGCUGCUACCCCAGUCAUUGCUAGUGCAAAGUCAGGUCUCACUCUCACAAGCCCUGGCCGGCCCCCAAUGGGUUUUACCACUCCCCCCCUAGACCCUGUCUUACAGAGUCCUCUCCCUAGCCAGCUGGUGUUUUCUGGGCUAAAGACUGUCCAGCCAGUCCCUCCAUUUUAUAGAAGCUUACUCACUCCCGGGGAAAUGGUAAGUCCUCCAACCUCCCUCCCGACCAGCCCCAUCAUUCCAGGCAGUGGCGCCAUGGAGCAGCACCUGCCCCCACCCUCUGAGCCAGCAGCACCAGUGGUGAUGAUGGCCACUCACGAGCCCAGUGUAGACCUGGCACCCAAGAAGAAGCCCAGGAAGUCCAGCAUGCCCGUGAAGAUUGAGAAGGAAAUCAUCGAUACCGCUGACGAGUUUGACGAUGAAGAUGAUGACCCCAACGAUGGGGGAGCUGUGGUCAACGACAUGAGCCGUGACAGUCAUUGCCAUUCCCCAGAGGAGAUGAGUCCAGGCAUGUCUGUGAAGGACUUUUCUAAGCAUAGCAGGACCCGGUGCAUUUCAAGGACUGAGAUAAGAAGGGCUGACAGCAUGACUUCUGAGGACCAAGAACCCGAGCGGGACUAUGAGAACGAAUCUGAGUCUUCAGAACCCAAACUAGGUGAGGAAUCCAUGGAAGGGGAUGAGCACAUUCACAGUGAAGUGAGUGAAAAGGUUCUGAUGAACAGCGAGAGGCCUGAUGAGAACCACAGUGAGCCCUCUCACCAGGACGUCAUCAAGGUGAAGGAGGAAUUUGCAGAUCCCACUUACGACAUGUUUUACAUGAGCCAGUAUGGACUGUACAAUGGUGGGGGGGCCAGCAUGGCAGCCCUGCAUGAAAGUUUUACAUCGUCUCUGAAUUAUGGCAGCCCUCAGAAGUUCUCCCCAGAAGGUGACCUGUGUUCUAGCCCAGACCCCAAAAUCUGUUAUGUGUGCAAAAAGAGUUUCAAAAGCUCCUACAGCGUGAAGCUUCACUACAGGAACGUUCACUUAAAAGAGAUGCAUGUCUGCACGGUGGCUGGCUGCAAUGCCGCCUUCCCCUCUCGCCGAAGCAGAGACAGAAACAGAAAUUUACGGAUGGAAAGAACCAUAGGUCCAGGACAUCGAGACAGCCUGCAUCUCCGUAGACACAGUGCCAACAUAAAUCUGCACCGUAAACUGUUGACCAAAGAACUUGAUGACAUAGGCCUGGACUCCUCGCAGCCCUCCCUUAGCAAGGAUCUCCGGGAUGAAUUUUUGAUGAAGAUCUACGGUGCCCAGCACCCCUUGGGGCUCGACGUCAGGGAAGACGCCUCCUCUCCUGCAGGGACAGAAGACUCCCACCUGAACGGGUAUGGGAGAGGCAUGGCGGAGGACUAUAUGGUCCUUGACCUGAGCACCACCUCUAGCCUCCAGUCCAGCAGCAGCAUCCAUUCCUCCCGGGAAUCCGAUGCAGGCAGCGAUGAGGGGAUUCUUCUCGACGACAUUGAUGGGGCGAGUGACAGUGGGGAGUCGGCACACAAGGCCGAGGCUCCUGCCCUCCCUGGAGGCCUAGGGGCUGACGUUUCAGGAGCCCUGAUGUUCAACAGCUUGUCUGGGAGCCAUGGUGGGAUCAUGUGCAACAUUUGCCACAAAAUGUACAGCAACAAGGGGACCCUGAGAGUGCACUACAAAACUGUGCAUUUGCGAGAAAUGCACAAGUGCAAAGUCCCCGGUUGCAAUAUGAUGUUCUCCUCUGUGCGAAGCCGAAAUCGGCACAGUCAGAACCCUAAUCUCCACAAAAACAUGCCCUUCACUUCAGUAGAUUAGUCUCAGAAUGGACGCCACGAAUGCCAGCUCUCACCAGAUGGCCUACAUAUUUGAACUGCCAUAGUCAGUGUGCGCUUGUGUACUUGGAGGUGUGUGUGUGUGCGUGCGUGCGUGUGUGUAUACAUGUAUGCCCCUGGGUCUACAUAUAUAUAUACACACACAUGCACGUUUUCUUUUCUUUAGAUAUAAAAAGAUAAACACUAGGUGCUUUUGAAGUUGUUUUUUUUCCUUUAUAGUUUUGGGAAAGGGGUGGGAUCUUUAAUUUGGAGGUAAAAACAAAAUACCCUUUAAACACACAUACACACACAUACAUAAAGUAUGCAACUAGCCCAAAUUUUGACAGAAAAUAAUUCUUGGUCCACUCCAACGAGACAAUUUGUUGCACCCAUGACUGUUGCCUGCAAAAAAAAUAAUAAAAGGGGAGAAAAAAAGAGAGAGAAAAGAAAAAAGGAACUUCUUAUAGUUGUCUUUUGUGAACUUUAAAGGUUCUGAGAGAGUCUUCAAUUAAAGCAUGGCAGAUUCACCUGUAAAUAUUUAGCCUUGAGAGGCCAAUGAUGUAAAACAGUUGUAUUGAUGGUUGUUUAACUCUUUUGUUUAAUUUUUACAGUUACAUCCAGCUGUUAGAUAUGCAGGAAAAAGUUAGUUUGCUGGCUAGCUCUGUUCAUUUAUGUUAGCAUUAAUGCACAUUUUUUUAAAAAACAUGGUCUUGUUUUUACUACCUGCUAGAUAUAGUGAUAAAGAGGUGCUGGCAUGCUUUACAGCACAGAUCUGAUUUUUUAAAUGUCCUGUACUAGUACAUAAAUCCAGUCAUGCACUUUUUUUCAUACACUACAAGGGGAUGUGUAAUAUCCAUGCUUCUUUUUUAUCCUUAAACUAUUGCCAUACUUCUGUAAGGGUCUUUUUUAAAAAAUUCACUUGUAUAAAAUGGUCUGGUCAGUAUAGGGCGCAAAUGCCAAACAAAAGUAUUAGUGUUAACACAAAACUGCCAACUUUGCACAAGUUUCCAGAAAAGAAAAUACAAUUAGUCACUCAACAUAACCACAGGCCAAUUUGUUGGCCACCAGAAAACCGCUUAAAAAAAAAACACUUGGUGAUUCUUUCAAGUGCCGAAUGUUAUUAGAAUCAACAUUGCAUCCUCCUUGCUUAUAUGUUAAGCUACAUAAAAGGAAAACAAAAUUAUGUGGUGUGAAACAGUCAAGGUAUUUAUGCUUUAGAGGCAGGAUAAAAUUUCAGGAUACAAAAAACCCAAAUUCUUCAGCUUUGGGACAAAGCUGAGUACAGUAAAAGUGUUGACCAUUCAUUUCCAAGGACCUAACCCAGCCUUUAAAAAGGAAGAAAAGGUCUGAACUGGGUCGGUCUGUUGUGCCACUGUCUGAUUUGUGGCAAGUUCUGCAGGAGUUCUAUGAUUCAGGCCUUUCUGAUAGACAAAAUCAAAGGGCGUUUAACAACAGCAGGACUUGGAAGCUCUGAAGACAUGUGCUGAACUUGAAUUGAGCUAUAGUCUGUUCUGAAAAGCCAGAAGAAGGGGGGUUGAAAAUAGGAUCUCUCACUCUGCAGUGUUUUGUGUUUCCCCACACAGUUUGUCAGAGAGAAAGGAAAGUAAGCCUGAAACCAAGCAAUUGAGAGUGAGAAAGGGUGGGGGGUAGACGAUGCUCCAAACCUUUUUUGUUUUGUUUUGUUUCCGAUGUUUACACAUGUUGCCUGAGCUGGUUAACCACAUCGGCAGCCUCAGCUACCACAACAUACUGACUAAAUGAUGAUAUUUACUCAAGUUCAGUCUGCAGCCAAAACUAUUAGGCUGUGCGUCGCAGACUGUGUUUGUUGUCCUUUUUUUUUCUUUUUCUUCUUUUUUUUUAAGUAGAGUGGAAAGAAAGGUAAACAAGGAAUACUUUGUCAAACAGUACACAAGAAUUUAAAGAGCAUGUAUUUCUUUUCUGUAGUUGAUGGCCUCAAACAUUUCUCUCAGCAGUCUGAAAGUUAGAAAUGCCCCCUGUGUUUUAACCUUCAGUGUCAUUUCCAUUUUUCAUGAUGUUUUGUAAUUAUUUUUUCUAUGUUCACAUCAGCAUUCACUUCCGUUAAAUUUGCCAAAGGAAACUGUUAAUAUGUUUCUGUUGUUAUUAUUCCUGUAGGAUUUAUUGUACCUCACAGUAUUUAUUGUUUCCAAAAGUAAGCAUCAGUAAGUUGAGGAUUCAGUAUUUUUAUUUGUGAAAAUUUCAGAAACAAUAGAUUCUUAAAGAUAAGCUAGAUGUGUCUAGGAGCUUUACCAUUUCAUCUCCUUCAGAAGAUGCUAUGGGGUUCAUUUAAUUCCUUGUUCUACAGUGAGGAAAGACCAAAAGUAUUUGCAGUACAAAAGAAACCAUAUCAAACACUACGUCUGUUAAAUGACAAAUGUUUACGGUAAAAAGCUGAGGAAUUAGUAAUAACCAUUUUUGUUUUCUUGUUACCUUUGAAUUCCCCAAAGUCUUAAUGCUUUAUUUUGGUGUUGUUAAGUGGAAUAGACAAAGAUGUUUUCUUUGUUUUAUACCAUAUGACUCUGUACAGUAUGUUUGUGAAAGAUUGAACUAGAAUAAUGAAAGUUUGUUUGCAAACAUUUUGGUCCUCUUAGCGUUCUCUGUGUUUGCGCUGUUGCCCUCUUAACCAAUUCAAUGCAAAGAGGGUGGGAAACAUAUUUUUAGUAGCCCAAUAAGAUUAUAGAAACACUAGCUUUUGGAGUGUGGGUAGACUGAAUAACACCUAGUUUUAUGAAAAUAACAUUUUUAUUUCAGCAAGUUUUUAACAUUACACUCUUAGUUGAGAUAUUAGAACUCCUCUUGUACAGAAUCAGUGUUUAGUUUGUUUAAUUAACGUCAACUAAAAGGUCAAAUAGCCUAAGUGAGUGAAUUGCAUAGCUGUCAGCAGGUCACAGCAGAUGAACCAGGCUUACAACAAAUGUUUGGUACUUGCAACAGACCAGGCUAAUGUGGAUAGCCAGUUCAAACAAGUCCAGAAGUAAUGAGAUUCUCAAGUAGAAUUUUCCUUGCUUGGAAACCUGAACGUGUCCCACCUGCAUUUUGUCAGAAAAAAUGGCAAUGAAUCCCAGACAAUGCACCCUCUGAAGUAUCUCCCCUAUUUGCUACUACUGCUCAAGAGCCCCAAUGGUACGGUGGUCGGCCUUCUAAAUAGGUGAAUGAUGUUUUCCAAUAUAAAGCCUGUUCUCUUAAAAGGGACGGGUUGUGGAUGGAAGUGGUACAUACGAUGUAAAAUUGUGAAAUGUACAAUGCUUCUGUCCCAAAGUGGUACUUGUUCUUGGGUGUGUGUCUGCGUGCAGUGUUUUGAUCUAACUAUAAAUCUAGUUAAGAUGGUGAUCCCAAGGCUUACUUGCAAACGGGAAGAUAAAGAGAUCAUCAUUUUAAUCAUUGAACCCUUCACCUUUGCCCAUUUCUACUCAUUUAUUUUUUUCGUAGGAGCUUCCUAUUGUGAAACGGUUUCUCUCUAGCUGCGUCCAUUCCAUGCUGGCUGAAAAUUAGUAGUGUUGUAGGUUUCCCAACUAGCUUUUACCCACUUGAUUUUAACCAGUUUUGUCACAGGUACAAAAUUAGGCAGUUUUAUUAAUGUGCGUGUUCAUUAGCUGAUACCGGAACUUAACUAUUUUGAUCAUUUUUACCUAUGUCUUUGUAAAUAUCAGAGAGGUGUAGUACACUUUAGGGAAUAUCUGCAUGCUGUGGAGGGGACAACAGAGCAAGAGAAAGGAUAGGCAAUAAGUAACUUGGUUUUUAAAAUGUGAUAAAAAGCUUGGUGUUCUUUGUUCUGCUGUUAAUUGUGUUUAAAUAAGCUGCCCCAAGGUAGCACAGUCCAGAUGUCUGUCCAGCUGCCCAGUUCAGCCUGAUGCCUUUUCAGGUUUUAAAAGUAUUGAUGUUUUCCUUCUCAACAUGACAAACAUCUUUUCUGAACAUGUUUCUAGCACUGGUACCACUGUCCUUGUAGUGUGGUUUCUUUGGUCAUGCAUUUCCAGGCCCUUCCAGGAAGAGGAGAAAGGCACUAAACUGGUUAACAGCCUUAUUAGUGUAUACAUUUUUUUUUCUUUAAAAAGCUUUGACUACAUCAGGAGGGGACAGUUCCAGAGGCAUUUUGCUCAUUUUACUCGGGAGAAACCAUGCACUAGGUUUCUACCAAAUAAAAAAUGAUCUUUUGUUCCCCUUACCUAUGUUCAUGCCCCAGCUGUGCGCCAAGCAAAAGAGAAUGGAGGCCCUUGGCGACUGAAGCAUAAAGAAGCCAGUAACCAGAUCGAGAUGGAUGUGCUGCUGACUGCUAACAGUUGACUUGAGCAGCCCUAAACUUGUACUCGUUCUGUUACUGUUGGCUUAGAUUGACUGACAGAGUAAAUAAAAUUCAACUAUAAUGAGACACCCUACAUCUGCUAUCAUAAAGAAACAAAUCAUCCAGAAGAAACUUUCAUCCUAUGGAUACACUCCUUUUCUUAAGAACUUCCUUUUAAAAUUAACAGAUUUCAUUUUUUAAAAAGUCACUUAUACUUCCCUAAAUAAGAGGAUCUUGCUUUUUCCCUCUCAUUCUGUGUUUUUUUAGGGAGGUGUCUAAAUGACUAAGGAGGUCAAUAAAAGGCAGUGCCAGAAAGACUAGAGGGAAUCACAGUUUUAACAAAAGCAAACUAAGGGAUACUGAGUAGAGUCUUGGUGAGUUUGGGGUAGCUAGAAGAGAAAAUAGGGAAUGCACUGGAAGUGCGUUUUCAAAAGAACCGUUGGUCUGGUGCAGUUGUGCCUGGCAGUGGGUGAGCAUAUCAGGCAAAGCGCCCUGCAGAGCUCCCCCAAGUCGGCAAGGCCCUUUACCCCGGUGGAGGCCGGGGGGAGAUGCAGGGACAGCCGCAUGGAGUGGCGAGGCUCCAUGUGGGUGAGCAGAGCCGGCAAGGGCAGCUGGGGGUUUUGGGGUUUUUUUCCCCCUUUUUUUGAGUGGGAAGUGAUGCUGGCUGGCUUCCCUUCAGGAACAGAAGAUGUGAUGGGUUACCUAGGCUACGGAAAAGGCCGGUGGCCAAGCCGAGAUCUAACUGCCAAGUGGAGUAGAAGUGAAUGGCAGUCAGCAUGCGUCUGUGCUUUCUCCGUCAUUGCUUCUUCCUGGCCCUGUCUCCGUGAUUGUGAUGCUACUUGCCUAAGACCUUAAUGGAAGUGUGAGCUCACUGACCUUCCCAUGAAGCAUGGAAGUUACUUUUCUGCUGUCAUAUCUAUCCUCAAAGCUGAACCAUGCAUGGUAGUCUUUCUUGCUCAUGUUAUUAGUAUUAAGGCCAUAACUGAUAUGCCCCAGAUUCAUUUCCAUCAUGUCCUAUAGAUGGAGAGUUGCUCACCCUACAUAGUAACUUCCAAUUCAUGUUAUGAAAAUCCAGCUGUAAAACUGAGCAGUGAAUCAAUCCGCCAUCACUCUUGCUCAAAAACCAUCCUUCCUGGGUCCCUCCAUCCAUCAUUUCCCCACAUCUUGCACAAAAGGAUGUUUAUGGUCAUUUGGCAAGAACUGGAUAUCAAAUACUGUCUUUCUGGCAUUUGUUGAACAAUUCAAAUGCCUAAUAACAGGGUCAGAAAAACUUGGGAUUUUUACAAGUACAUUGAAUUGAAUCAGCAUUAUUUGUUCACUACAAUGCUAUAUAUAUUUUUGAAGCAACAUACUAUUGUUGUCAUAAAACUAUCUUUAUUCGCCUCUAAAGUGUUGUAAAUUCAUCUGACCUUUAGUGGCAAAGGAAAAAAGAAUUUUUUUUUAUAUGGAGUAUCAAGACAAGGCUCAGUUUGUAACAAAUAGUGGACCAUGACAAAAGAGGGAAGGGGAAAGCAGGGGCUGAGCAGCGAGAAGCUUCAGUUCAAUUUCACCUCAUAUCUUUCUAAUAACUUCCUUGUCACUUUAUUACCUUCCAGUAAUGUGAAUGCCGCUGACAAGACUGUCACGCUAACAGCAGACAACACCCUCUCCUACUCAGCCCCAGCUCUCCUGGCUACUUAUUGCCCUGGCCCUGAAGGGACACAAACUAAUAGUGUGCUUUCCAGUUCGGCACUUGGCCAUCAAAUAUAAAAGGAUGCGUAAUUGCCUGUUUAUCCCUUGUGAAGGGGAAAUUGAGUACAAGGGCUCUGCUUUCCCACCGAGUUGCCUGAUGUACACACACAUUCACCGUCAGUCUCUCUCUCUCCGUCCCUCCCCUGCCACUGUUCCCCCUCUCCUUCCCCUCCCAGCACACAGCACAGCCGCUCACCUACUAACCCAGGCCUUCCGUAAGCCCAGAGCUGCCUCCAGGCACCCUUUCCAGCUGUUAAGUGGACAGUAACAAGAUGACUUCCUAAAGGGUCAGUAGAGAGACCCUGGCUGUAACAGCUUCUUUGUGUCUUUGGAAACUUAAGCACUGCAGUUCCAGGCCCAUCCAUUUUAACAGUACUGGGUGUGGCCCUAGAAUCAGCAAAAUUUCCCACAAGUCAGUAGCCUAAGCAGAAUAGAUUGCCCCAUAUUUUGUAAGGAAAGCCUUAAAAUAUGUUUCCUCCCCUUCAAACAGUGCACGUUACAAAUUGGUUGUGCAUGGUGGUCAGAAAGGUGUGUGUGUUUUUAUCUUUUUUUUAACCCUUGGUGUCCAAUUAUUAGUCUAAAUGUACACAGGUAUCUCAAAAUGACAACCUUCAAAUCCACAGUGAGACAUGACAGAUUAACUUUCAUUUUGUUAAACUGAACUGACAAUCUGAAAGAAAACAAGAAGGCCUGAGGCUUUUUACUUUAAUCACUAAAACAGGACUAUCCUAUAUGUAAAAGAUCCAUUCUCCACUUUGGGAGAAUUUGGCUAAGUACAAAUACAGUAAGCUUUACAAAAUCAAGUGAUAAGGGGACAAAAGGUACAAAGGAUGAAAACGUUAUAUUCCAAGAUACCUUCAGCCCAAAUAACAUGUAGGUAUUGGCUGCUAUGUUUAUAUAUUGAAUUAUUUAAAUGAUGGUUAAAAAGUGACUGGCUAGUGACUAAAUGAAGUGCAAGGUCUGUUUGUACAUGUUACUUGGGAAACUUCCAACCUCCGACGGCAGAUCUGACAGGUGUUACCCCUGCUAUGAACAGUCACAUUUCAAAAUACUUGUCAACCAAAUCAUACAUGCAAAUGUCAUUUUUGAUGUGAACUUUGAGAAAGAAAAGCAGCAGAUUUAGAGAUAGACAAUUUAUCAGGUCUAUGUUGACAAACCUGUGCUAAGAAAUUUCAUUAAGCAGUCUGAAGACUGGAAAGAACAACACUUAGAGCAAAAGGAUUCUUGGGGUCAGAGAAAAAGCAGUUGGUUUUUAAAAAAAAAGCCUUAGGUUUUAUAAGUUCCCCCAGUACAUAUGUAUUACAAUCAUUUAUCAAACAUCUUAACAGAAUCUCCUUUAAAACUCUGUUGCCAAAAUUGCACAGAUUCUGGUAAUUAACAUUACGUUUUCCCUCCUUGAAAUAACAGGGAUGUUUAAGGACAUUUCUAAUUUUCUUAAUGCUUUUUUAAACUUCAUUUUUUUAAAAAAGAAUUUUUCGAAGGGAAGGAAGAGCAGAAAACGGUAUUUUAACAAAAAAGGAGAGAAGUAGAUAGUAUUAAAAUAUAUUUCUUGAUGACAGAGAGUAUGUAAGUGUUAUUCUGAGACUUUAUAAGGCUUCCUGUUGCCAAAUGUGAUGUCAAAAUAAUGCACAAUGAAGAUGGCAAAUCUAUCCAUUAUUAACCGGCUCUGCCCACUUCUGUUCUGGAAUGCAAGGAUUGAGAGGUGGCUCUGGGGAGUCCCUGGGAGUGUGAGAGUUCUGUUCACCUGGUCCUGCACAUGUUUUCCAAACGAGGGGAAGAACACCCCAGCCCUCCCGGUGGUGGCCCUGCAAGGUGACUGGCCCUGGCCCAGGGUCAGCAGGAGCCCUGCUGCCUGCCUUUUGGGCUGGAGACCAGCAGCCUGCCCCACCUGUGAAUCUGGGCUGUGAAAGCAUUGGUUCAUGAGGUGUGAUGCUCCUGGACUCCCAGACAAUGUGCUGAGUUAAUAGGUUCACUUGAGAUGUAUAAACCAAGGUUGAUUGUUUAUUUUUUUUCAUCUAAUACUCAAUUUGGAGCGUUUUUGCAUGUCUUUGUACAGAGUAAUGCAUUGCUCUCAUUGCCUAUCUUAAUCUCCCCGACUUUUCCAUUAUCUUUCCUCUCCUGCUCUUUACUCUUCUGAUCUCACCUGCCCCCUUAAAAAAUAUAUUUUCCAAAGUGGAAGGUAGAACACUCCUCCCUCCUUCAUCCUGAUUCUGAUCACUUUGGAAACAUUUCUGUGUUCUACCCUGUCCAGGGUUUACAUAAGGUGAAUUAAGUGAAUGAGAUGUUCCAGUAUUAUAUAUUAACCUGAUCCAACUAUCUAAGAUUUAUAACAUAUGGCACACUCACUGCCUGUGCAAACUUUGGUUCAGCUGCCUUGCAGAGAAAUCUUACCAUUUUUCUACCAGUGCCAGUAUGAAAAGUGCAGGAUCGCUAAAUCUAAGUACAUGAGGGAGGCUGAGAAACCAGGAGAAGACAUUGGUCUGAGACCACCUGGGCCUUCCCUCAAAGGUGGAGGUAAGCUGGAGCUCUGGGGGAGAAAGCUCUCUAUUCUCCACACCUGAUCACAGACUAGUCCUUUUAGAACUAGCGAGAUCCCUCCCGUAGCUGGGAGAGCACACAACUUUCUUUUCCACCCCAAACCACUGGUGUGUCUUAGUAUCAAAAAACAUUUGACUCAACCUGCAUAUUUGACAACAAAAGUGACCAAAGGGAAUUGAAAUAUCUUGAGGAAAAGGAAUUUUUCACCAAGAUAUGUCCUCUCCCUGCCCCCAAGUUUGGGGGUUUAUGCUUUUUGUCAUUUAGUUUGUUUCCAUCUGCAUCAAACCUGUCUCCUCCGCCGAGCCGGUCACAGAACCAAAGUCUGUAUUACAAACGGGAGCUGCACCAAGGGACAGGGACAGCUUGCAUCACCCUGAGCUAAUAAUCGUGAUGUUGGUAGCUUCAUAAAUACUGUAUGUACCUUGAACAAGGGUUUGGGUUUUGUUUUGUUUUGUUUUGUUUUGCCUUCUGGUUUGUUUUUACUAGUAGCCUAAGGGAAUUAACAUGUUUUAUUUGCUAUUUCCUUUUGUUGUAUUUUCUGUACUAUAACUGUCUACAAUAUGUCUUUUGCAUAAAAUGCAUAAGGGUUUGGGGAUGUAAAUGGAAUUUUAUUCAUAUUUUGUCCAAAUACCUCUUGUAAUUUGUAUCAAAAUUCUUGUACAAUUUUUAUAUUAAAGAUUUAUCAGUCACUGAUCUCUUCCUGCUUUCUUGAUUUGAAGAAACCUCAGCAAACUCCAAGAGACCUUUACAAAAUACACCUAGUAGCACUUUAGCUCACAUUGUCAUUCAGCCUGUUUAAAAGCACACUGGCUGGAUAACUCAGAGUCGAGCUGCUGUUUAGACUGAAUCCUGAUCUUAUUUAACACACUUCUUAGGAAGAUCAAACUUCUCUCAGACAGCACAGCUGAGAGAGCUACAAAGAUCCUAGCCGGUCCCGAUGGGGAGCCCAGCAAACCCUGACCUGAGUCUUUCCUCACCAAAGCUGGCUCUUUGGGGACUACUUUUCUGUGUCUCUCCAGAAUUCCUUUUCCCCAAAGCCCUUUGCCCGAACUCUUUUGAGGAAAAGAAGACCUCAGGUACCUUCCCACCUUAGCUUUCUGCAAAUACAUUUUCUGCCUCCCCUGCCCUCUGAAAUUUGUGGACAGCAGCCAACAGGAUGAUGACUAUAUAUUUUUUCAGUCUAAAUGCUUGUGUUUCUCUGUAUAUUCCCUUAGCAGUGGUUUUCUGCAGAUUGUGCUUGUUACAAUCUAGACAUAAAACUAGCAGAUGGAAAGAUGUCAUAGCCAGCGACAUUUCCCCUUGUCGUACUGCUUGAGGGACAAUGAGAAGAAGCAUAUAAAGAAUGCUUUUGAUUUGCACUGUUUGAUAGUGCCUCCCCACCUUACACCAAUCCUAGCCAAAAAUUAGGCUAACCAAGACUGUAACUUUCACUGGAGUCUCCAAUUUAGUAUUUUCUCUCCUCCACCCCUCGAUUAGCCUCCCUGGCUUGUCCCACCCAUACUACUAAUUUCCCUCGGCCUGUCACCAGGGGAAUGAGCUCCCACACGCUCCACCAGCCCCCUGGCCCUCUGAUCUCUGGCCCGCAAGGGGCUGGACAGACUGUGCAUGCCCAUCUGGCUGUUGUCAGGCCCACAGUGAAGAGCUGGGGCCACCCAGUUUUAGAGACCACUGACUGAGCGUCCCUCCCGAGGCAGCAGGGGGGCCAGCCACGAGCCAUGAUGGGGUCUCCCUCCCGGGAUUUCCUUUGAGCACCCAUAUGUGGGUUUUGGGGUGAGGGUGAAGAAAUGAAAGGUUAAACAACUUCGGAGAAGCCAACCUCCAUUGAGGCAUGUGGUUAUUAAAUGUCACGGAUAUGUUAACGCACUCCUGCAGGGAAUCCAAGCAUAAUUAUGAUCUUUUCAUCUGUCAUAACACGUCUGUAAUUGGCAAGAAUUCUCCUUCAAACAGCUCCUUCUUCUUAAAAAAAAAAAGUUGCUUUAAAUGUUAUUAAGUGGUGGAAGCACUCCUGUUUAGCAAAGAAGCGCCCACGAAGACAGCUCUGGCACAAGGCUCAGCCCCACCGGGGCUGCGGCCAGUUGCUGUCUGAAGCCCACUGGAUGGCUUGCCGGCUGCUGGUUUUCCCUGUGUCAGUUGAGAACAUGACACUAGAUUAAGUGUCACUAAUUUAAUAAAGCUGCUCUGAGAAUAAAGCUGAUCUAUCAAUGAAGACCGGAGAGGAUCUUGCUGGGGGCUCGGGAGGGGUGGCUGAGAAUAUUGGAUUGUCUGAAGUAACACUGGGGGAGAACCUAUCGAUCCUCAGAAGACGCAGUUAUUUUUAGUCACCUGACUCUCGAGCACCCAAUCAUUACCCAUAUUCAUCAGAGACAUAUAAUGAACAGAGGUAUUGAUUAACAGGGCUAGCUGAAGAGAUUUCCCAACAGUGCUAGUUCACAUUGAUAGGUCUCCAAUGGGAAUAGAGGCCACGCAGCCCUGGAACAUAACUUACUGUUCUAGGUCCUUAUGUUGAUUUUAUGUUGUGGUGGGGGGAGAGGGGAGGGAUAGCCAUGCACACAGGGGAGCUCCCUUGACCUUUCUCUGCAACCUUCCUCACUAAGAAAGAAGAAAGCCGACAGUCAACAAGUACACAGCCCUGCUCUACAGGUUCUGCUUCUCUCCAGGCUGGCCAGCCUACCUCCUCUUGGACUGCUGUAUGUAUUACCUUGAUUUAUAGAAAUUUGCUCAAAGCUGGGACAUGCCAGUCAGACCUCAGAGCCAUCAGGCAUAUGAAGCCUUUCCUCCCCUAAAUAUCAACAUAUGGCUUAGAGAAAUUAUCAUGUUCGACUAAUUGCACCAAGUUGGCAUGGUAGGAACAUAAUGAGUCGGGUUUCAGCAUGCUGACCCCAAACCCAGUGAUGCCAGCGUGUAGUAACUUUCCAAGCAUUUUGCCGCAUGGCAGGAAUCCUCACUGAGCUGCUGUUCGCAAAAGGCGCUUGGUUAGAUCUCUAGCGUGUGCCCUGAACCUGUGCUGCUGCGUUCCAUCGUCUGCGGUAGUUCACUGCGCUGUUCCUACGAGCAUUCGUCCUUCCAGAGAACUAGCGGUGACCCAAAUGCCAUCACCAUCAGAAGCCAUGUGCUUCCUGACGGGUGACAUGCUGCUUAAUAUGCUGAUCUGUAACUAGAAACCAUUCCACCCCGGGGAGAAAAAAAGCAAAGGAUUAAGACAAGGACAGCUGUAAAAAAUAAGGCUCCAAUGCAUCAUUAGAAACCGGAACUUCACAUAUAAAAUAUAACUGUCUGUCAUCCACACUGGGUAUUGGCAACACUUGACUUGUAUAUGAAUAAACUUCUGUAGGAACUCUAAGUCACCCCUUAACCACUAACGCUAGAGAGGAGACUCUCUACUUCAGACUCUCCUCAUCUGAGCCUGGGAUCUUAAUGAUGCUUCAUUUAAUUCGCCUCGGAUCAUCCUCACUAA